AUGAUUGUAGAGCGCGCAUCGUAUAACUGGGCGUACUCGGAGGAUAUACCAGGCUCCCGGUGUGGCCCUGAGGAUGGACCCUGGCCACGGCCGUAUCAGGUGUUGAGUGAGGGAGAGCUCUGGCGGGAGCUCAGGACACUCGCGAAACCACAGACCUCGCAGCUCGGCAAAGAGGGGAAAUUCAAGGCCGACAGCAUCAACUUUCAGCCAUCGCCUACGACGAAGACGCAGGAUCGCUAUGUGGUCACUCAGCUGGAGGUGAAUGGGCGGCUCUGGGCAUUCACGGGGGUCUUUGACGGUCAUUUGGGUGAUGUCACGGUUGAACACGUUGCCCACCAUUUGCCCAUCAUCGUUCGCGACUUCUUGAGAGAGGCGGAGAGUGUGUCCGGCCCUGGCAAACUAACUCCUGAAUCAAUAUCCGAGCUUUUCACAAAGGCAAUCAUGGCGUUUGACGAUGCAAUCGCGCACGAUGUCCUGGACCUCUUCGGCGGUUCGGUCGACAAACUUUCCGAGUACACUGACGCACAAAUCCGGGAAAUCAUCAACGACCAGCACAAGGGCGGCGCAAACUGGCGGAAGGCUAGACUCUGUAUGUAUGGGACUACGGCGUUGGUUGCGUUGGUCGACCCGGAGCACAAGGAUCUUUGGAUUGCUAACCUCGGGGAUUGUCAAGCCAUCAUGGCAUCUCCGGGUAAUAAUGCGAAAGACUGGAAUAUCGAAGUUUUGACUACGAACCACAAUGGGGAUAACGACGCCGAACUCGACCGAGUUAGAAAAACCCAUCCAGGUGAACCAGAAUGUAUCAUGGACCGCAGAGUCCUCGGCGCCCUCGCACCAACCAGAUGUUUCGGUGACAUCCCCUUCAAGCAGCCUCCCGCGUUCACUCGGCGCAUCCUGUAUAAUUUGUUCCCGGGAUUCCACAACACCUCACCAUGGGAGGAGUUCCUCGUCCGCAACCAAACUCCGCCUUACAUCACCGCCGAACCACAGAUUAUCCAUCGUCGAUUAGAUGGAGAUGACGCGUGCCCCUCCGUGCCGCCCACUAAUACGACGCUUUCGGAGGACAACUCGAGAUCCAGCAGCAGGUCAUCUAUCACCAAAAACUUAUUUUGGUCGGGUAAUAAGACCUCACAGCAGCAGCAGCAGUCACUCACGCCACUACCCCGGUUCCUCAUUCUCGCAUCUGAUGGCUUUACGGAUCUGUGCAAUGGAGAAGGCCAGAAGCGUAUCAUCGAAAGCUGGGCCCGUGGCAUGGUAUCCAGCAACCCUCCGGAGACUGUGACUGACGCGGCACCAGGUUCUCGUCAGGAUAAUAUGGCUCUCAGGCUGCUUCGCCGUGCUGUGGGCGGCGAGGACAGAUUCGGUGUGUCGAGAGUACUGACCCUCGACAUGGAUGUGGCGUGGAUCGACGAUACGUCUAUCGUCGUUCAAACUCUCUGA